AUGCGUCUGUUCUUCGGCUCCGGCUCCAACGGCGACUCUCUGGAGUUGGUCGUCCCCGGAGGAGAGACCGUGGACGGGCUGCGGACGCGCCUCUCUCGUCAACUUAACGUGCACACGGACAAAAUCGUCAUCCUGCAUAAAGACAAGCAAUUGACUGCUGGUAAACUGCUGGAGCAGGGUGUAGCAGAUGGGAGUACACUGACCUUACACGUUGAAAAUGCUUUAUUUACUUCGAGUUGCAGAAUCGAGAAGAUUGUGGAAGUUCUGGAAAAGCUAACAGAAAGUGAGAUUAGCGACUUCUUGUCUGGCCGCUCACCUGUGGUCAUUCAACUGGGAAUGGGUGCCCACACCAUGCACGUGCAGCUGCAGCUGUCCCCACAGGACGUGGCCAAACUGCAGCUGGACAAAGCCCCCGAAGCCCCUGGCGAGGUCAACACGGGCCGCUCCCCGUCUCACGCGAACGCCGCUCGACCAGCUUCUUCUCAGCUCGCCACAGUCGCGCAUUCUGUCACGUCUAUGGACCGCCACUGCCGAGCCGCAUCUCAUCACUCUUGUCCACACGCUGCUGUUUCAACACCUUCCUUCCCCUCGGCUUGCCCACGAGCAGCCACGGCACUUACAUGUGUCAGGGAUGCCAUUGCAGCACCUCAGAGUCCGUUAACAGCCACCACCUUCAGAGAGUCUUUUCACCCCGCUGUUGAACCAAGCAAGCAACCAGGCGCAGUCAUAGAAAGUUUAGUGAAACACUCUCAAGGAGUAUUCUCCGGAACUUUCUCUGGCACUCUGGUUCCGUGCAAUCAAAGCAGCGACAGCCAUCAUCGACGCGGCGUGAGUAUUAUUCUGCAGAUCCUCGAUGAUCUCCUCAGAGCUGCCUCACAACACCCAAGGGCUCCGACAUCCCUUCGUCCUGCUUCGGAUCCUCUGACACAGGAGCGCCGGUGCGGGGCAGAGCUGGUCGGUCAAGCUCCAGCUGAAGAGGCUCAACAAUCCCUCACCACCUCAAAAGAGAAUCAAACGCUGCACUGCAAGCUAAAGCACUUGCAGUCUCUUUUGGACCAGCGACGUCAUCACAGGCGAACGCGCAGAAGUACUCCAUUUUCUCAAAAACCUCAUCCGUAUCAACGUAACUACUGUCCUUAA